CACGUGCCUCCCUCCCUCCCUUCCCAUUGGCCGGCCGUAGCUCCGCCCCCCUCUCUCCCGUCAUGCCCCGCAAGCGGCCGUUCAGCGCCAAGCAGAAGCGGCUUCAGCUCCGCGACCGGCGGCAGCGCAAACGCGGCGAUGCUUCCCCUGGGUCCGAUCCGGCCCCUCGAAGCCGCAGCGUCAGCGCUGAGAGAAACAACGACGCGGAGCCGAGUUCGGGGGAUGGGGGAGAAAAGGGACGGAAACGGGACACGGGAAGGUUCCGGCUGCAGCUGGCUGUGCCGCACACUGAGGCCUUGUCCCGCAGCCGACGUCGUGCACAGGAGGAGCUGCUGCAGCCGCUGCCCAGCGCUGCCAUGGAGCUGCACCCCGACACCGUCUAUGGGGAUGGGAUGGAUUUCCCUCGUCGCCCCCCCUGGAGUUAUGGGAUGAGCAGGGAGGAGCUGAGGGCACGAGAGGAGGAAUCCUUCAAUGCCUUCCUAAGGGGGCUGCGGGGGGACGGGGGCAGCAACCAGGACCUGGCGCCCUUUGAACAUACAAUAACCUAG